GAAACUCAACCGAAAGACUCCAGAGAGCCGACCAUGGAAGGAGACUUCUCGGUGUGCAGGAACUGCAAAACACAUGUAGCCUCUGCCCACUUCGCCCUCCACGAGGCUUACUGCCUGCGGUUACUGGUCCUGUGCCCAGAGUGUGAGGAGCCUGUCCCCAGGGAAAACAUGGAGGAGCACCGCAAGGUUGAGCACCAGCAGGCUUAUGGAUCUGGCAUAGGCAAGAGGUUCUGGUUUCAGGAAAGACUGGCUGUUGUCUUGAGAUCUGUAAAGAGAGGAUGUGAAAAAGGAAGGUCCUGGAAGGCAGUCAGAUGGAGCCCUGUUUCCCACCUUUCCAUGUCUAUUCCUCCUGGGGCCCCUGAUCUGUCUCUCUGGAGAUACUCAAGCUCAGGCAGCCAGUGCCAACUCAGACUGGUCUGGCAAACACUUCUUGAACACUGGGCUGGGUGCUAGAGAGACACUGAGGUAGCCACACCGGAUCCCUGCCCUCUGGGAGUUCACAGACCCAAACCCGGAACACCGUGAGCCAAAGUGGAUGUGGGGCAGGCCCUGGUGCUGGGUGGACCCACAUCUGGUGUGUGUGUGUGUGUGUGUGUGUUUAGGUUGAGUGUACGAUGUGUCAGCAGAGCGUGCAGAAGUCCUCGCUGGAGUUUCAUGAGGCCAAUGAGUGCCAGGAGCGCCCUGUUGAGUGUAAGUUCUGCAAACUGGACAUGCAGCUCAGCAAGCUGGAGCUCCAUGAGUCCUACUGUGGCAGCCGGACAGAGCCCUGCCCAGGCUGUGGCCAGUUCAUCAUGCGCCACGUGCUUGCCCAGCACACAGAUGUCUGUCGGAGUGAACAGGCCCAGCUCGGGAAAGGGAAAAGAAUUUCAGCUCCUGAAAUGGAAAUCUACUGUAAUUAUUGCAACCAAAUGAUUCCAGAAAAUAAGUAUUUCCACCAUAUGGGUAAGUGUUGUCCAGACUCAGAGUUUAAGAAACACUUUCCUGUUGGAAAGCCAAAAAUUCUUCCUUCAUCUCUUCCAAGUCAAGCUGCUGAGAAUCAAACUUCCACGAUGGAGAAAGAUGUUCGUCCAAAGACAAGAAGUAUAAACAGAUUUCCUCUUCAUUCUGAAAGUUCAUCAAAGAAAGCACCAAGAAGCAAAAACAAAACCUUGGAUCCACUUUUGAUGUCAGAGCCCAAGCCCAGGACCAGCUCUCCUAGAGGAGAUAAAGCAGCCUAUGACAUUCUGAGGAGAUGUUCUCAGUGUGGCAUCCUGCUUCCCCUGCCGAUCCUAAAUCAACAUCAGGAGAAAUGCCGGUGGUUAGCUUCAUCGAAAGGAAAACAAGUGAGAAAUUUCACCUAGAUUUGGAAAAGAAAAGGUACUACAAAUUCAAAAGAUUUCACUUUUAACACUGGCUUUCCUGCCUACUUGCUGUGGUGGUCUUGUGAAAAGUGAUGGGUUUUGUUCACUGGGCUUUAAAAGAAAAGAUUUGGCAGAACUAAAAACAAAACCCACGUAUCAUCUCAAUAGAUACAGAAAAGCCUUGAUAAUAUUCAACUUGACUUCAUGUUAAAAACCCUCAGCAAACCAGGCGAUGAAGGAACAUACCUCAAAAUAAUAAGAGCCAUCGAUGACAAAACCACAGCCAACGUCAUACUGAAUGAGCAAAAGCUGGAAGCACUACCCUUGAGAACUAGAACAAGGCACUUCAGUCCUAUUCAACAUAGUACUGGAAGUCCUCGCCAGAGCAAUCAGGCAAGAGAAAGAAAAGGCAACCAAAAAGGAAGAGAGGAAGUCGAAGUAUCUCUGUUUGCAGAUGAUAUGAUUCUAUACCUAGAAAACCCCAUGGUCUUGUCCCAAAAGCUCCUAGAUCUAAUAAACAACUUCAGCUAGCUUUCAGGAGACAAAAAUCAAUGUACAAAAAUCAGUAGCAUUUUUAUGCACCAACGGCAUCCAAGCUGAGAUCCAAAUCAAGAGCGCAAUCCCAUUCACAAUUGCCACAAAAAGAAUGAAAUACCUAGGAAUACAGCUAACCAGGGAUAUGAAAGAUCUCUACAACAAAAAUUACAAAACACUGCUGAAAGAAAUCAGAGAUGACACAAAUGGAAAAACAUUCCAUGCUCAUGGAUAGGAAGACUCAAUAUUGUUAAAAUGGCCAUACUACCCAAAGCAAUUUACAGAUUCAAUGCUGUUCCUGUCAAACUACCAAUAACAUUCUUCACAGAAUCAGAAAAAAAAAUGCUUUAAAAUUUAUUUGGAACCAAAAAAGAGCCCAAAAAGCCAAGCAAUCUUAAGCAAAAAGAACAAAGCUGAAGGCAUCACAUUACCCAACUUCAAACUAUACUACAGGGCUACAGUAACCAAAACUGCAUGAUACCGGUACAAAAGCAUGAUGCUGGUACAAAAGCAGACACAUAGAUCAAUGGAACAUAAUAGCCCAGAAAUAAAGCUACACACCUGCAAUCAUCUAAUCUUUAACAAAGUUGACAAAAAUACACAAUGGGUAAAGAAUUUCCCAUUCAGUAAGUGGUACUGGGAUAACUAGCUAGCCAUAUGCAGAAGACUGAAACUGAACCCCUUCCUUACACCAUAUGCAAAAAUCAACUCAAGAUGGAUUAAAGACUUAAAUGUAAAACCCCAAACUAUAAAAACUCUGGAAGAUAACCUAGGCAAUACCAUUCUGGACAUAGGAACGGACAAAGAUUUCAUGACAAAGAUCCCAAAAGCAGUUAUAACAAAAGCAAAAAUUGACAAAUGGGACAUGAUUAAACAGAACUACCAUUUGACUCAGCAAUCCCAUUAUUGGUUAUAUACCCAAAGGAAUCUAAAUCAUUCUGUCACAAAGACAUAUAUACACAAAUGUUCACGGCAGCACUAUUCACAAUAGCAAAGUCAGGGAAUCAAACUAAAUGUCCAUCAGUGGUAGAAUGGAUAAAGAAAAUGUGGCGGCCAGGCGUGGUGGCUCACGCCUGUAAUCCCAGCACUUUGGGAGGCUGAGGCGGGUGGUUCACCUGAGGUCAGGAGUUUGAGACCAGCCUGGCCAACAUGGCAAAACCCAGUCUCCGCUAAAAAUACGAAAAUUAGCCAGGCGUGGUGGCAAGCACCUGUCAUCCCAGCUACUUGGGAAGCCUAGGCGGGAGAAUCGCCUGAACCUGGAAGGUGGUGGUUGCAGUGAGCCGAGAUCAUGCCACUGCACUCCAGCCUGAGUGACCGAGCGAGACUCACCCUUAAAAAAAAAAAAAAGAAAGAAAAUGUGGCACAUAUACACCAUGGAAUACUAUGCAGCCAUAAAAAAGAAUGGGAUCAUGUCCUGUGCAGCAACAUGGAUGGAGCUGGAAGCCAUUAUCCUAAAUGAACUCACUCAGAAACAGAAAACCAAAUACCACAUGUUCUCACUUAUAAGUAGAAGCUAAAUAUUGAGUACACAUGGAUACGAAGAAGGGAACCACAGACAAUGGGGCCUACCUGAGGUUGGAGCAUGGAAGGAGGGUGAGGAUCGAAAAACUACCUAUCUGGUACUAUGCUUUUUAUCUGGAUGAUGAAAUAAUCUGUACAACAAACCCUCGUGACAUGCAAUUUACCUAUAUAGCAAGCCUGCACAUGUGCCCCUGAACCUAAAAAAAAAAAGUUAAAAGGAAAACGUUUGGAUUAUUUUCCUUCUUUCAAACAAAGACAUUGGUUUGCCCGAGGACUACAAAUAAACCAACGGGAAAAAAGAAAGGCUCCAGUUUUGUCUGAAAAUUCUGAUUAAGCCUCUGGGCCCUACGGCCUGGAGAACCUGGAGAAUCCUACACCCACAGAACCCAGCUUUGUCCCCAAAGAAUAAAAACGCCACUCUAAAA